GUUCAAGGUUAUCUGCAGAAGACUUUUUCCUCAGAGAUACCUCAGUCAGCGAGCAGAGGACAUCGCAGUGGCAGGAGCGUUCGUCACACCUUUGCCUGCUGUGGCGGCUAAGUAUAACGGGUAGCGGAUGUGAGGGGACAGUUUCUCUACGUAGUCAUGGGAAUACCGACAGAGAGGGUAGUCCAAGUGCUUUGCUACUCUUUGCUUAUCAACGUUGUCUACAUCUUUUGUCAGAGUGAUGACUUAACUUUGUCAAAUCAGUGCAUUACUAACGAUGACUGUGCUAAAGGAAGUGCAUGUGUGGAUCUAAUAUGUCAAGAUCCAUGUCCCGGUAUUUGCUAUGGCAACGCCACCUGCGAGAUCUACGACCACGUACCGUACUGUGCCUGCAAGCCUGGCUUCUCCGGCAACCCCUUCACUGGCUGUACAGGGCAAGCGCCAGCUUCUCCAAAAGGUUGUGUAUUAACAGGCAGCAAGCCUUCUGGCAGAAAGGUCUACAGAGUGGAACGCUUCUUCAAGGUCAAUUAUUUUGGCGCACUUGUUCACUGCACGACCCAUGGUGGAAGAUUGGCAAGUAUCGAGUCUAAAGAAGAAAUUAAAUUGAUCAAAGAAGUGAUUGGUAAAUCAGGAAUCCGGAACGACCAAUUCUGGACUUCCGGGACGAACUUGCCUCUGGGACAAUGGGUCUGGAUGUCUUCAGGAGAGCCGCUGCUUCCAGACUAUUCAGACUGGGAGCCUGGAGAACCCAACAAUGCUGGAGACGAGCGCUGCUUGGAGUUUUAUGAGAAGAAUAACAAUGGCUACAUGUGGAACGAUAGGAACUGUAUGGAGCAAAUUUAUCCUAUAUGUGAAUAUUUUGAAUAGGACCAAUGUGUUAGUAGAUUAUUUUUACAAUAAAGUGAAUUUAAACAUG